AUGGCAAAAGCGAAGGAGACGCGCAGUUCUGUGCUGGCGGCCAGUGCACAGCAUCAGCGUGUGGAAAGUAUGGGUUCCAUUAUGACGUUUCUGGCUAUUACUGGUACGUGGUUGGGUGCCGCGUGGCUGGAUCCUUUAGGCGGUAUGGUACAGGCCGUGUACAAUUUUCGGGAGGCAUGGAGGCUGCUUAUGUCGGCGGUGAACCAUUUGUGCGAUGGAAGUGCCGGUCCUGAGCAUGUACAGAGUGUGCGUGUACAGUUGGACCAACUAUUGGACUAUAUGAAAGAGCGGGGUGAAGGACCUAUGUUUUCAUGGAGUCAACUUGCAGUGAUACCAAAUGGACCAUUCAUGACGGCCUAUAUAACACUGACAUUUCCCCCUCAUACAGCUUUGGAGCAGGUGCUGACCAUUGAAGCGAUGAUUGAAAAGCGCCUCCAGGCACAUAUCCCCAUGAUUACCCAACUACGGACAAAGUUGAACAUUCGUAAACCUGUAGAGUAG